AAGAAAAGUCCUCCGAGGCGAUCCAUCCUUGUUCUCUGUAUUCUUGUUGUCUUGUCAAUCUCCCGGAUACCAAAGCCCGCUCGAAGUCUCGACAUUUUUCGAUACCUUAGGUAAGGUACCUUGCAAAGUACGGACUACUUCGGGAGUACUUUGUACUCCCCCCAAACGGGUACACCUCGGCCAGCCUCGGUGUGUCCCCUAUUCACGUCAGGACUUCAAAUCAGCUGCACGCAAUGUCCUCUCCCAACGACAACAAUGGUGGCGCAAUAAACACAGAGCCUCCCCUGGACGAGCGCAAAGGUGAAGGUCAAGUCGAAACUGGAGCCACGGCGAAAACGCCGUCCCAAGGCGCCAAUAUGAAGGUGGACGAUGUCGAUGCACAGCGCGACAACGGCGUCGCGGAAGACCAAACGUCGGCAGUCCAGUAUCGAACAUAUCGGCGCCGCUGGUUUGGCCUUGUGCAACUGACACUGUUGAAUAUAAUUGUCAGCUGGGGUUGGCUCACCUUCGCGCCGGUCGCCUCCAAUGCCGCGUCUUUCUAUAACAUCCACGAAACCUCCAUCAACUGGCUCUCGACCGCGUUCCUCUUCUCGUUCGUCGUCGCCUCGCCUGUCGUCCUCCACGUCCUCCACCGCGGUCCCAAACCGGCCAUUAUCACCAGCGCCGGCCUCAUUCUCGUGGGGAACUGGAUCCGCUACGCCGGGUCCUACUCUAGCUCCCCCUCCGGUGGCCACUUCGCCGCCGUCAUGGUCGGCCAGAUCCUCAUCGGGCUGGCCCAACCUUUCGUCCUCGCCGCCCCCACCCGUUACUCCGACCUCUGGUUCACUGACCGCGGCCGCGUCGCCGCCACUGCCCUCGCCAGCCUUGCCAAUCCGUUCGGCGCCGCCCUCGGCCAGCUUAUUGUGCCUUUCUGGGUCGAGCGCCCCAGCCAAAUGUCUCGUGGCGUACUCUACGUCUCCAUCAUUUCCACCGUCCUCUCCCUUCCCGCCUUUUUCAUACCCGCCGCGCCACCUACGCCCGUCGCCCCGUCCUCGACGACAGCCAAGAUCCCGCUCCUCCCCUCGCUCCGCCAAGCCUCCCGCUCGCUCGAAGUCUACCUCAUCCUCAUCCCCUUCGCCGUCUACGUAGGCCUCUUCAACUCGUGCUCCUCCCUCCUGAACCAGAUGCUCACCCCCUACGGCCUCGACGAUGAGCAAGCCGGCCUAGGCGGCGCCGUCCUCAUCCUCGCCGGCCUCGUCGCCGCCGCCCUGACCGCCCCGCUCCUGGACCGCACCAAGGCCUUCGUCGCCGCCAUCCGCGCCGCCGUGCCCCUCAUCGCGCUCUGCUACCUCGUCUUCCUCUGGAUGCCCCAGACCCGCGACGUGCCGGGCCCCUACGCCGUGCUCGCCUUCCUCGGCGCCGCCAGCUUCAGCCUCGUCCCCGUCGCGCUCGAGUUCCUGGUCGAGCUGAGCCACCCGGUUGGCCCCGAGGUCACGAGCGUCGUCGCCUGGUCCGCGGGCCAGCUGCUGGGCGGCUGCUUCAUUGUCAUCUCGGAUGCCUUGCGCGCCGGCGACGACGCGAGCCCGCCGCGCCAUAUGCGGGAUGCUCUGGUCUUCCAGGCUGUGUUGGCCAUGCUUGUCAUGCCGUUGCCUUUGUGUCUUGGCUUGUUCGGGCGCUCCCAUAAAGUGAGCCUGAAGAGGAUUCGAUCUGAUGAACCCGGGAUGCACCAGCUAUCGUCAAACAUGACUGAUUAGGUAUAGUGUCGUGCAUGAAGGAAAAUACUGUUCCCUGGGAUUGUCUUUCAUUAGGUAUUAUAUAAUAUUAUGUCUUCUCUCUCUCCCG